AUGGAGGUUUUCACAAAGUAUUUUGCGCGCCUCGUCGCCGUUCAUGCCGCCCACAUCUUCCAUGGCCAGCCACGGCCCGGGGCGAAUGGCAACUUCCAUCUUCUCGUGGCCGAAAUGCAGAAGAUCUCCCAUGACGUUAACCAGGCCAACAAGAUUGCCGAAUCUAUCGAGACGGGUACAGAAGACAUAUUCCGCGACUUCGACAUGUCUACUUUCAUGGAGGCAUUCAAGCUAGAUGCUCUGGAGAAAACGAUACUGGCGUUGGCCUUCAAAAUGGGAUCGAGGUCCGACCUCAAGACAAAGGCUGACGCCAUUCUGUCCACGAAUUUCCCUACAUUCGUCAACAUUCUUGCUCGACGCGAAAUAGAAGAGCAUGCGGAUUUGACCGACCAAUUCAUCGCUAUACUCGUCGACCGCUUCAUCCAAUACCAACCACCUAACUUCAAUGCUGCAUCUAAGGCCGAACUUGCCUACAAGGUACAAGCAAGGUGGCACGGAGAUCAAGCACCGCCGCCGUCUGAAGUGCUUGCGGCGCUUGAUCUGGUUAGGGUGCUAGCCGACAAACCUCCGAAUGCACUUGCUACUUACAUCCAAAGAACCGGCGGUGAUUUCACGCGAGACGAAGAAACCUGUGUAUCGUAUCUGCAGAACCGUCCGCAGAACGUCCAACUCAGUGAAGAGCAAGUCUCCAUUGCCCUCACUUACAGUACGAUUAGCCAGACACCGAUGUAUGAUCCUUCGAUUCUCGCCGCAUCUCUACGUCGAGUCCUUCCCCCGUCCUUUCGGUGGCAAGACGUGGUAUCGUAUUUUGAUCAAAGAUCCGCCCGAAUCUCCUCUCAGCAGUUCCUGCGUCUUUAUAAUGCGUUGCUGCCGAUUGCACAGAAUGAUCAAACGUUUGACAUACAAAAGUUGUGGGGUGGUAACUGGGAGCAUCCGGAAACUCAGCUGUCUUUUAUUUGCGCAUUCGCCUCUCUACAGCCUGAUCAGCUGGAUGCUAGCACUAUCCCGGGUCUGGUACCAACGUUGACUUUGGACACAUAUGCGCAGUCACCUCCGGAGGUUCAACAACGUGCAGCGUUCGCGGUCAAGCAUGCCCUAGUCUCGGUCGAGGCGCUAUCAGCCGUAUUUCAUGUUGCCCUGCAUUCCGUACACGCGUCGCAGAGCGUUGAAGCCAAGCGCCUAUUUCAAGAGGUCGUAGUGCCCAACUUGGACAUCUUUGUUGUCUCUGCAUUUGGAGUACCAAAGCCUUGGCCGACGAUGGCUGUGGAUACACUGAAUUCUCUCUUCGAAAGCUUCCUAUACAAGCGUUCAACGGAAUAUGAUUUCGUCCUCGACAGCUUAUGGAAAAAGGACAAGGAAUGGGUGAUCCAGCGGUUGGUUGAGGCCCACGCUAUCAAGCCAACCGAUCUCCCCCUGAUUUUCGAGCACGCGCUAAAGCACAAAUGGCUCGAUGAGCUUGUGUAUCUGUCCAACGGCUUUGGUCUCGACCUCGCAGCCCUGGCACAUGCUGAGGGCUACCUAGACUUGGUUAGCUGGGCUCGCCGCAACUCUGAGAGAAGCAACGAGAUUGCGCGAUCCCUAUUGCAGUUCUUGCUAAUCAAAGCGAACCUCGAAUUACAAUAUCAGCGCCCCCCGGAUGGCCAACCCGCAAUCAAGUCCAGCACAACUCUUCAAGUGAGGACGGUGGCUGCUUUUCUGCAAAUCUUGGAAGAUUUCUUGCCAAAGACACCCCUACAGGAUCUCAUCAUGGUGCAAAGAUCCUGCAUCACUGUUUACCCAAGAUUGAUUAACUAUGGCGAGGGUUUCGACGACAUCAUCGAUGCCAACGGCAAAGACGGAAACGCCUUGCCUGCUGCCGCCAACAGCAAGAUGGAGGAGCACUACAAGAAGAUGUAUGGCGACGAGAUCCAAGUCCGCAACAUUGUCGAGAUUCUCGAUCGGUACAAACACUCUCGCGAUCCACUGGACCAGGAUGUGUUUGCUUGCAUGAUCCACGGCUUGUUCGACGAGUACGCCCACUAUGUCGAUUAUCCUCUAGAGGCGCUUGCUACAACUGCGGUCCUGUUCGGCGGCAUCAUAUCUCAUAAGCUCAUUUCUGAUCUGCCGCUCAAAAUUGGGCUUGGCAUGAUCCUAGAGGCUGUAAGAGACUAUCUACCCGAGGAUUCGAUGUACAAGUUUGGACUUCAAGCUCUGAUGCAGCUGUUCUCUCGCUUCCGGGAGUGGCCUGGCUUCUGUCGGCAAUUACUGCAAAUACCUGGCCUUCAAGGCACUGAGGCCUGGAAGAAAGCUGAAGAUGUCGUCAGAGACCAUGAGGAAGAGCUUGUCCGGUCGCGCAACGGCGUUGCGACGCCUGCUCAUGGUCCCUCUUUCAACAGCGAGCCACUGACGAAUGGCAAUGCGACGGAAACCAGAAGCACAGAGCGCCAACCACCACCGUUCACAUCCAUUAAUGCGUCAGAGCGUUCUCCUGGAGUCGAUUGUGAAGAGCCUUCGAGCGAUACACAGGGGAAAAUCCAGUUUGUCCUCAACAACCUGACCGAGACGACUCUUCAGACAAUGUGUCAAGAACUGCGGGACAUCUUAGAACACCGCUAUCAGCAAUGGUUUGCAAGCCACCUUGUUGAGGAGCGAGCUAAAAUGCAACCCAAUUACCAUCAAGUGUAUCUUGAGCUGGUCAAGCUUUUUGAAGACAGGGUGUUAUGGAGCGAGGUCUUGAGGGAGACGUAUGUCAGUGUCGCCCGCAUGCUCAACUCGGAGGCCACGAUGCAGAAUUCGACCGAGCGCUCUCACCUCAAGAACCUCGGUGGUUGGCUGGGUCUCCUGACCUUGGCACGUGAUAAGCCGAUCAAGCACAAGAACAUCGCAUUCAAGCAGUUGUUGAUUGAAGCCCAUGACACCAAGAGGCUUAUUGUUGUUAUCCCUUUCGUCUGCAAGGUUCUCCUACAAGGCGCCAAUUCGACCGUGUUUCGGCCACCAAAUCCUUGGCUAAUGGAUAUUAUCCAUCUGCUCAUCGAGUUGUAUCACCAUGCCGAGCUGAAGCUGAACCUCAAGUUCGAGAUUGAAGUUUUGUGCAAAGGCCUCAAUCUUGACCACAAAAGUAUAGAGCCCUCUGGGGAGAUCCUAAACCGCACGACUGUUGAGGACACUCAAGACCUACUUCCUCAAGACACAUUGGAGACAUUUGAAAACCUUUCUCUGAACGGUAUUUCCACCGGUGUGACAGCUGGUCUCUCGCCUCAGGUCAUCGCCGCUUCCAUUCCAGACCUUGGUCCUCUUAUUCACAUACCACCCACGAACGAGAUGGUGGUUACGGCAACACGAUUGCAUGAGAUUGUCCGCACUGCUCUCACCCGGGCUUUACAAGAUAUCAUUCAGCCCGUAGUAGAUCGAUCAGUUACGAUUGCUGCCAUAUCCACACAACAAAUGAUUCACAAAGACUUUGCGACUGAACCGGACGAAAACCGAGUCCGAACAUCGGCAAUCAGCAUGGUGAAGGCGACGGCUGGAAGCCUAGCACUCGUAACGUCCAAGGAGCCUCUAAGAGCCAACUUCACCAACUAUAUGCGAAACCUGUCUAAUGAUCUCCCGCAGGGCCUACCUGAGGGGACAAUCAUUAUGUGCGUCAACUCGAACUUGGAUCUCGCCUGCAACAUUAUCGAAAAACAGGCGGAGGAGAGGGCUGUUCCCGAGAUCGAGGAGAUGAUUGAGCCCGAGCUGGAGGCACGACGUCGUCACCGUCUCCAACGGCCCAACGAGCCAUACGUGGAUGCCUCACUCAGUCGAUGGGCCUGGACUAUUCCCAACCCAUUCAAGCUAUCGCCUAGUAUGGGUGGCUUGAACCCCGAACAGAUGGCUAUUUAUGAAGAUUUUGCCCGCCAGCCUCGCACCACGACAUCAAACGUUCCGUCUCAUGUGCCCUCGACUUCUGACGCAACCCGUUCGCUCGCCAACGAGGUUCUGCAAGAUCAGUUUUCUACGGUGCCAAGUCUGGGUGCUGCUACGGAGGCACCGGCAGUGCAGCACCUCGGCUCCCAGAUCCAACAAUAUGCUCCGGUUCAUAACGGAGCAAUGGCUAACGCGAGACCCCAAACAUUUCAGAUGGAUGGCCGCGCGUUGAUCGACCGUGUUCAAAAGCUGCUCAUGGAGCUCCAGCGUGUUGCGACCGAGGCCCGCGAGGAGCAUUUCACAGACUUGCCUCGUCCUCAUCCUGUUCUUGAUGUUGUUGACGCCUUGGUCCAGCACAUGAUCAAGGCAUCACAGACUUCCGAAGAGUUCGCGAUCUACGCAGCCGAUCAGAUCAUUCAGCUUAUUUUUACUCAAGUUGAGGACAACCUAGCCUUGGAGAGCUUGGUUCACGUUCUCGAGACUUUGAGGAAGAUUUCAGGCCCGACCCUGAACAACCGCGUGACCGCUCUAUUCCGUCAGCAACCUGGAUCGACUUUCCUGACUCUACCCCUCCUUGCUGCUCUGCUGCGCACGGAUCUUCUCGACUGGAGAAACAUUGACCUUUCAAUGUCCAAGGUGCUACAGCAGAGAAAAGAAGGUUCGCUGGAGUUCUUGGAACAGAUGGUAGAUCUGACUCUUUUGGGUAACCGACCGAUGGCACUCUAUGGAGACUUCGUCCGAACACUUGAGGCCGCUUGGUCCUGGAUACAGGACGAGCCAGACUCGACAAUCGGGCAGCGCUUGAAGGCAAAACUUUCUGGCCAAACACUUCCGCCGACUGCCCAACAGGAGGACGACAGCGCUGUCCAGCAGGACCAGAUGGAGUAUGUUUUCGACGAAUGGAUUCAUCUUUGCAACAACCCCAACGCAUCAGAGAACUCUGCAAUUUUGUUUGUUCAACAAAUGCAGAUUAGAGGCGUAGUCAAGACCAAAGAUGAUCUCUUCCUGUUCAUCAGAAUCGCGACAGACAUGUCAGUGGACAGAUUUGAACACUUCCUCCAUACGACAGGAACUUUGACAGACGCUUUCCUCGCCAUUGAUGCUCUGGCCAAGAUGAUCAACACCUUCAUCAGGCUACAUGACGAAACGGAGCCCGCUUCAACGCCCAGUCGUGCAGUGUAUUUGGACUCCAUUCUGGCAUUUGUCACCCUUGUUCUUAACCAUCACCACGUAAAGCGCGCGGAACACUUCAAUCAAAGAGUCUUCCAUCGCCUAUUGUCAGUUCUCCUGUACGAGAUCAACUCAACCGCCGAGCAGCUUCCCGAGACCGAGAGGUCCGGAUUAUUUCUCAAGUUCGCCGCCAGACUAGUUGAUCUCGGGCCAAAGUUCCUUCCUGGCUUUGUAUUCGGAUGGCUUUCUCUUCUUCAGCACCGCGCAUUCCUGCCUACCAUCAUGAAGGAUCGUGGCGGAUGGAUCGUUUUCACCAAGCUCCUGCAGCUGCUUCUAGAGCAUGUCGGAGAGCAGGUCAAGGCGAUUGAGCCUUCCAAUGUGGCGCGAGAGAUAUAUCGCGCAACGCUCAAGCUUCUCGUCAUUCUGCAGCACGACUAUUCUGAGUAUCUUGCGGCUCAUUCGCAUCAGCUUACGUCCAGUGUGCCACCUCACUGCAAGCAGCUGCUCAACGCCAUUCUGACAGCGAACCCAGCGGCUCAUCCCAAGAUGCCUGACCCGUCGUUCCCAGGGUUGCAAGUUGACCGCUUAGAUGAGGUUCGGGAGUCCCCUGACAGCUUGGACAAUUCUGCAGCUAUCCUUCAAGACUUGGGCCUGCUUGAAGUCCUCGACCACGCGUUGCAAAACGGUCCCUCUGAAGACACUCUGGCCCACAUCACUCGAGCCAUCGUUGAGAGCCCGCGAGCCGACACUGGUUUCGGAUAUGUGCCUAUCAAUGCCAACCUGCCAGUGAUCGAGGCAGUCACACUCCACGUCGGCAACUACGCUGUCGAACAAUCGACGCAAAAGGGCACCGAUGUCUUUAACCCGGCCUCACCGGACGUGGCUACCAUCUCCCUGCUGCUCCAUGAGCUAUCACCCGAGGCGCGUUACUAUCUUAUUACCAGCAUUACCAAUCAACUUCGGUUUCCGAAUGCCCACACCAACUACUUCAGUCGGGUUUUGUUGGAAAUUUUCGGCCAGGACAUGAACGACCCGGAGGAGACGGAAAUCAGGCAGCAAAUUAUUCGAGUGCUUUGGGAACGCCUCAUCGGAUACUGGCCACAGCCAUGGGGUCUCAUGGUGACGGUUGUCGAAUUACUCAAGAACGAGAAGUACAUGUUCUUUGACCUCCCGUUCGUGAAAUCAAAUCCAGAGGUCAUCGAACGAUUCCACGCCAUUCUGCAGCGCGCAUAA